AACCCUAGCUCUUCCCCCUUUCUUCCCUAAACCCCAGUCUUCAGUUGCAGAGGUCUCAACAAUGGCGGCAUUUGACUACGCUCAGAAUCUAUACGACGUCGCUCUAAAACCUAGACUUCUCCGUUCACUCAUCAACGAGCACAUCCCGGAAGAUAAACAACCGUUGGGGGAUUCAUUACGGCUUCUACACGUUGCCUCUGCAAUCAGAACUCAUGAAUUGUUGUCUGAACGCGUUGUUCACUCUGCCGAUAACAAAAAGUUGAUUGAAAAGUGGAAGUCAGCUGUUGAUUUAUGGGUUGAUCGUGUGCUCAUGCUAGUGUCUAGCAAAAUGCCAGAUAAAGCUUGGGCUGGAAUAUCUUUGUUAGGGGUGACUUUUGAAGUAUGCAGUUCCGAGCGAUUUCUUGCAUCUUACUCUGUUUGGUUUCAGGAGUUGCUUAAACAUCUUCAGGCUUCUGCAGGGUCUAACUUUGUGAAACUUGCAUGUUGUGCCUCUAUUUCAGAUUUUCUUACAAGGUUGAGUGGGUUUCCGAAUAUAAAGAGAGAUGGAUCGUCACAUGCUGCAAAACUUCUUCAACCAGUUUUAAAGCUGUUACAUGAGGAUAGCUCAGAAGCUGAAGGAGCUGUUACUUUGUUAUGCACAAUUUUGACUUUAUUUCCAUCAUCACUUCAGAAGAACUACGAUUCUGCUGAAGCUGCUAUCGUUACAAAGCUUAUGUCUGGAAAAUGCAAUACCGAUACGGUGAAGAAACUUGCCCUUUGCUUAUCUUUACUUCCGAAAUCAAGAGGCGAUGCAGACAGCUGGUAUUUGAUGAUUCAGAAGAUCUUAAUAGCUAUUAACGUUCUUUUGAAUGAUUCAUUCCAAGGUUUAGAAGAAGAAACUAAAACCAUGCGUGCACUAGUUCCUUCAGGAAAAGACCCGCCUACCCCUCUUGGAGGCCUAAUGAUAUUUGACCUUUCUAAUAAGUCAACAAAGCCAGAACGGGUCUCUAUGGGUUGUAUAUCUUCUCUGAUGCUUUGCUGUUCUACAAUGCUUACAUCAUCUUAUCCUGCUCAGGCUAAAGUUCCUGUUCAGUUAUUAUUAAUGCUUGUUGAAAGAGUGCUUAUGGUGGACGGUUCCUUGACACAAACCUUGUACCCAACUAUAACCGCAAUGCAACAGGAAUACGUUUGUUUAGAACUCCCCGUUCAUCAUGCUCAUUGUUUGGAUAUCCUAUGUGGCAUUGUCAAGGAAGCACACAGUCAACUGUUACCACAUGCUGCACGUAUAAUCCGAAUUGUAACAGAGUAUCUUAGGAAAUGUGAAUUAUCCGAACUUAGGGUAAAAGUCUACGCUCUCUUAAAGCUGAUGCUGCUGUCCAUGGGUGUUGGGCUGUCACUAUACCUAGCUGAAGAUAUUGUACACAAUGCUUCAACUGAUCUGGAUUCAAUUGGUGAUCGUGGUGAUGAAGCACGUUCUAAUUCAGAAUCUACGCAAAAGAAAAGAAAACGUGAAAUGACAGUUAUGCCCUUUGGGGAUCAGGCUCAAACAGUUUAUUUGCCCAAAAACCCUAUUCCAAUUGCUCUCAAGAUUGCUGCACUUGAAGUACUCGAAACACUUCUAACCAUGGGUGGUGCAUCGGGAUCUGACAGCUGGCGAUCAAGUGUAGACUCACUUGUUAUAAAUGUAGCUACAGAUGCUUGUAAAGGUGGAUGGAUAAAACCAGCAAACGACUUCCAUAAUUCACACAAUAGUAGCUCUAAUUGGGCCGAUUUUCAGCUCGCUUCUUUACGUGCUCUUUUGGCAUCCCUUCUUUCCCCUGGACGUAUUCGCCCUCCCUAUCUGGCCCAUGGUCUUGAACUGUACCGUAAAGGUAAGCAAGAAACAGGAACAAAAAUUGCAGAAUUUUGUGCGCAUGCAUUAAUGGCAUUGGAACUUUUAAUACAUCCUAGAGCGAUUCCACUUAUAGAUUUUGGAUCAUCGAUCGAGUACCCUGUUAAUGGAGUAAAAAGUAGGUUUACGGAGAACUACACAUACUCCGGUGCUCAAAACCACAAUGUAUUUUCAGUUGGCGCAUCUAGAAACGAGCCUGAAAACCCUGAGUCAGAAGAUGACCUGUAUGACAAAUGGGUAAAGGAUAAUGAUGGAAACCAACCACCGGUAAUUGAGCAAGAAAUUAAUGAAACAACACCACAAUUAGCCGAAAAGGUUGUUUCCGUUGAAGUGUCGUCUGGUGCAGAAGUAGUUCCCGAAGAUAAAGGGAAGGGGAUAUUGGUAGAAACACCGUCAGUCGAAGAAGUUAAAAAGCAGACUGAAGUUCAAAGUCAAACAGUUGACUUUAAGUUGGUGGAUAACAUGGUAACGGGUGAUCCGGAGCCAACAGAUAAAACACCUGUAUCAGGUCCUGUUGGAGGUAUGGAGUCAAAGUUCGAUUUAGGUGAUAAUGAUGAUCCGAUGGACGAGAUUCCUGAUAUUGUUGAUGUGGAACCAGAUUCUUCUGAUGAGGAAUAGUACUAGGGUGUGGAAAUUUUGAUAGGAUUCCAUGGUGGUAACAUGUUAAUUAAAUUAAGUUUUGUAUUUUCUUGCAAAUGCAAAAAUUUUGAAAUAUGCAAUUACACUUUAGUGACAAAUUUUAGAUUAUCUGAAUGAAGCAAUAUAGAGAGUUUGGAAUAUGGUUUA